CCGGCGCGGCGGCCGCAGUCCCGCCGCAGCCCCCGGAGCGGAGGGACCGGAGGGCUCUGAGGGGACCUGGGAGCCCUGAGGGGUCUGAGGGACCGUGAGGGACCCGCCGGCACACGCCGCCCGCAGCCCGCCCCCGCGCUCCCACGGCCCCGCCGCGCCACCAUGUCGGUGCCGGAGCCCGCCGGCGGCGAGGAGAAGCAGGCCAAGGAGGUGGAGGACGCCGAGAAGUAUUCCUUCAUGGCCACCGUCACCAAGGCGCCCAAGAAGCAAAUCCAGUUUGCAGAUGACAUGCAGGAGUUCACCAAAUUCCCCACCAAGACGGGCCGGCGCUCCCUGUCCCGCUCCAUCUCCCAGUCUUCCACCGACAGCUACAGCUCUGCUGCCUCAUACACAGACAGCUCCGAUGACGAGGUGUCCCCCCGGGAGAAGCAGCAAACCAACUCCAAGGGCAGCAGCAACUUCUGCGUGAAGAACAUCAAACAGGCCGAGUUCGGGCGCCGCGAGAUCGAGAUCGCUGAGCAAGACAUGUCUGCUCUGAUUUCACUCAGGAAACGAGCCCAGGGGGAGAAGCCUUUGGCUGGAGCCAAAAUCGUGGGCUGCACCCACAUCACGGCCCAGACUGCGGUGCUGAUUGAAACACUCUGUGCCCUGGGUGCCCAGUGCCGCUGGGCCGCCUGUAACAUUUACUCCACGCAGAACGAGGUGGCAGCUGCCCUGGCAGAGGCUGGGGUGGCCGUGUUCGCCUGGAAGGGGGAGUCGGAGGAUGAUUUCUGGUGGUGCAUCGACCGCUGUGUCAACGUGGACGGCUGGCAGCCCAACAUGAUCCUGGACGAUGGUGGGGACCUGACCCACUGGGUUUACAAGAAAUACCCCAGCGUGUUCAAGAAGAUCCGAGGCAUCGUGGAGGAGAGCGUGACUGGCGUGCACAGGCUGUACCAGCUCUCCAAGGCUGGCAAGCUGUGCGUCCCGGCCAUGAACGUGAACGACUCGGUCACCAAGCAGAAGUUUGACAACCUGUACUGCUGCCGGGAGUCCAUCCUGGAUGGCCUGAAGAGGACCACGGAUGUGAUGUUUGGAGGGAAGCAGGUGGUGGUUUGUGGCUAUGGGGAGGUGGGGAAGGGCUGCUGUGCCGCCCUCAAGGCCCUGGGGGCCAUCGUGUACGUCACCGAGAUCGACCCCAUCUGCGCCCUCCAGGCCUGCAUGGAUGGAUUUCGGGUGGUGAAGCUGAGCGAAGUGAUCCGUCAGGUGGAUGUGGUCAUCACCUGCACAGGGAACAAGAACGUGGUGACCCGGGAGCACCUGGACCGGAUGAAGAACAGCUGCAUCGUCUGCAACAUGGGCCACUCCAACACCGAGAUCGACGUGACCAGCCUGAGGACCCCGGAGCUGACCUGGGAGCGAGUGCGUUCCCAGGUGGAUCACGUCAUCUGGCCCGACGGGAAGCGGGUGGUGCUGCUGGCUGAGGGCCGGCUGCUCAACCUGAGCUGCUCCACAGUUCCCACCUUCGUCCUCUCCAUCACAGCCACCACUCAGGCUCUGGCUCUGAUUGAGCUCUACAACGCUCCCGAGGGCCGCUACAAGCAGGACGUUUACCUGCUGCCCAAGAAGAUGGAUGAGUACGUGGCCAGCCUGCACCUGCCCUCGUUCGACGCCCACCUGACGGAGCUCACGGACGACCAGGCCAAGUACCUGGGGCUCAACAAGAACGGCCCUUUCAAACCCAACUACUACAGGUGA